CUGCGGACCCCGCGGACCCCAGGUCGACGUGACCCCCUCCGACUUCCGGAUAUCCCACUUGCAUCCUCCAGUUUGGCUGCUGCAGAGAUGACCCGGAGCCAAGAGGAAUCAAAGGAACCGCAUCCCCACGUGUAUGUGGUGGACAGCCAGGCACGCUACCUCCCCCACAUGAUGGCACCCCCUCCCCCCAGGCAGAGCCGGACGGGCCGGAUGAUCCUGUACAUGCUGCUGGUUGUUGCUCUGUGUGGCAUCGCGGUGGAGGGCUACUUCAUCUAUCAUCUGUACAACACCAAGGCGGCGACGGACACCACGACCAUAGAGAAGAGCCAGCAAGACGAGAGCGAUGCAACCGCCCGUAGACGCCAGGCUGAAGUUAAACCUCCGAAGCCAUCUGCACACCUGACAGCCGGCACACACCAACCCCGGGAAGACGGACUCAUGAUGUGGAGCACCUUCGGGGGAGAUGCGUUCACCCACGAGAUGGACUACAUCCAGGGGAAGCUCUAUGUCAAGAUGGAGGGCUUCUACUUCAUCUACUCCAAGGUGUUCUUCUCUGAGCCCAGCCGGGCCGCCUUCACCCACACGGUCCUGAAGUCCACCCCACGCAUGCCCAAUAGUGAACUGGAGCUGAUGCGCACUUUCCGAUUUCUUGACAGGGGACAAACGAGGGGGGGCAUGCUAAACAGCUACCUAGGGGGGGUGUACCUUCUGCACGAGGGUGACGCCUUUUUUGUAAAGGUGCACAAUCAUACAGGGCUGCUGAGGCAGGUCUCUGCGGAUAACUUCUUUGGUGCGUACAUGUUGUAGAUGACUAUGCAGUGUGUGUGUGUGUGUCUGUGUGUCUGUGUGUGUGGGUGGGUGGGCAGGUGGGUGGGUGAGGUUUUUCACAGCCAGCGGUGCAAUAUUGUGCAACAAAAAAAACGCUUUCGAUCUGGAUUUUUUUUUUAUGUGUAAUGCAAUGAAUGCAUGAAAUUAUAUCUGUGACUUUGGGAGUAACACUUUGAAAAUAGGGUGGUGAUUGGCUCACAUCCCAGCAGGUUUUGUUUAGUCCUUAACUCAGACGCAACUCUGGCAGCUCGUAUAUCCGGAUACCCGCUAUGUAUUACAUUAUUAUAACUUUAUAUUGCUUACGCUCGUUUGUUAAGGAUGGGAGCUUCAGAGCUACUGAAAAUCACGCUGGCUGACCUGUAAAUAGUGUCUUCACAAUGAGAAGGUUCUUUGUAAUGCACUUUUUAUGCUGAUCUUACCAAAAUAAGUUUAUAUUUUGCUGAUACUCUUGUAUACAAUAUGAAUAAAUGAAUAAAUAUUGAAUAAAUGA